AUGGCUACUGGAAGAUUGCUGCUCUAUGCUGGACUCUCCUUAGCUCUGUGUGCCCUGGGCAUGCUGGCUGUGGCUAUCUGCUCUGACCACUGGUAUGAGACAGAUGUCAGGAGGCAUAGGGAAAAAUGCAAAGGGGUAACCAACAGAAGAAGUGACCCUGGGUUCAUCUACAACUCCAACAACAAUCUUCCUCUGAGGGCUAGCAGAUCCAGACUAGACCGCUGGGAAGGAAAAUUACUCCUGGCAAGGAACCGAAGGCAGCUUUUUGCUAUGAGUGCUGCAGAUGAAUGCAAUAGACGGUACAAUUCAACCAACAUGGGCCUCUGGAGAAAAUGCCAUAGGCUGGGAUUUGACCAAGAUGUUGAAGAUAUUAUUGCCAAAGGGGAAAUUGAAAGGUGUUCACUUAUCAAAUAUCAUUAUUCUUCAGCGACCAUUCCGAAAAACCUCACGUACAAUAUUACCAAGACCAUCCGUCAGGACGAGUGGCACGCUCUCCAUCUCCGUAGAAUGACAGCUGGCUUUAUGGGCAUGGCAGUAGCAAUCAUUCUCUUUGGCUGGAUAAUUGGAGUGUUAGGAUGUUGCUGGGACAGGGGACUCAUGCAGUAUGUAGCUGGGCUUCUCUUUCUCAUGGGAGGUACCUUUUGUAUCAUUUCACUGUGCACCUGUGUGGCAGGGAUCAACUUUGAGCUCUCUCGCUAUCCACGCUACCUGUAUGGGCUGCCUGAUGACAUCAGCCAUGGCUACGGCUGGUCCAUGUUCUGUGCCUGGGGGGGUUUGGGCCUGACUCUAAUCUCGGGUUUCUUCUGCACCUUAGCUCCCUCAGUGCAGCCUGUCCUUCGGACCAACUGCCCCAAAUCCAGGCCUGAGAAUGGAACAGUAUGCUAA